AUGGGCCCACCUGAAGCUAUGAAAGAGUUGGACGAAAAAAGUAUGGAAAGUUUAGUGAAAUUCGUAGCAGAUGUACGGACAGGCAAGGUCCAAGGUUCUGAGAACAUAGCGCUGGCCACUGUCAAUCUAUUGGAGCAGAUAAUAACUGACCUGGAAACAUCUACCGCCAUGUCUUUAAUAAAUGCUGUCCGUGCCGCUGGUCGGCAGCUGGCUCGGGCCCUGCCAUCAGAACACUCCGCUGCUAACAUGGUGAGGAGAGUACUGCGGGCUGUUAGGGAUGAGCAGCGGGCACAGCAUAACCAGAGUGUGGAAGGUGCAGGCGAGUCUUUAGCUAGGCUGGUGCUGGCUGCUCCUCUUAGACGUGGAACGCUGCCCAGCGGCAGAGAUUUGAGGGAACCGCUGAGAGAUCAUAUAGCUGAGCUGAGAGCUGAGUUAGAUUCCAGCACUUCAUCAAUCUGCUCCCAAGCCAAGGAACACCUGCACGCUGAAGACCUGGUGCUGUCAUACGGAGGAGGCGCUCUGCUGGAAAAAUUCCUCAAGAGCAGCACCAGGAAAUAUAAACUGUUGCUCGCAGCUGGUCCAGAUGUUACAGAGUGUCACUCGAUGGCUGUCCGCCUGUCACACAGCGGCGUCUCAGUAACUGUGACCAGCGCGGCCGCUGUGGGAGCUCUGAUGUCCAGGGUCAAUAAGGUGGUGCUGGAGGCCGUGGGAGCUUUAUCCGGGGGCUCCGCCCUAGCCGCGGCCGGGAGCCUCGCCCUCACCACCGCCGCUGCACACCGAGCUGUACCGGUGGUAGUGCUGUGUCCUCUCCACGCCCUGUGCGCCGUCCACGCGUGUGAGAGACGUCUGCUGGCUUCGGAUGCUGCACCCGCUGCUGCAAUACCAUACCAGAACUUGGAGUCUUCUGUAUCACGAGUGGUGUCUCCCAAGUAUGAGGUACUGCCUCCGGACCACAUUUCACUGUAUAUAACAAAUCUCGGAGGCAGCUCACCUUCAUACAUCUAUCGACUCCUCUCUGAGAUAUACGACCCGAGUGAUAUUGAACAGCGGGCGUGCGAGCCCGCUUCGGCGCCGAUCGAUACGUUGUGGUAUGGCGCAGGAGAUAUGAGCCAGGGGGGCUCUAGACGGCCCUAUUCGCGCGGGGGCCCGCGCUGGCACCCGCGCUACAAGGACUACUGGGACUACGAGCAGAACUACAGCGAUGGGAGCAGUGCUGGUAGCCCCAAGGAGGCGUGCGUGGCUCAGUCCCCGCCACCAGUGCCAGCCAAGAGACAUCCUCACCAUCACCACGAACAGCGACGUCUCAGCGUUGAACCAGUUCUCAAGAUUCGAGCGUUCGAACAAACAUACUUACCAGUUAUAGAGGAUUAG